UGAAUUCCCACCAUGAAAAUAGAACAUACAGUAAACUACCAAAAUACGAACUAUCAAACAUUGUGCAUAAGUUGUUGAAGAAGAAGAAGAUCUAGCUUCUACAGACUAAAAAGGAAACACCCUCCGAUCUUUUUACGAUAUCAUUCUACCAGAAGCCCUUCGAAAGAUGGGCACAAUUGGAUUUACAAGUUUCGGGUUUCCAUUAAAAACCAGGAACCAAAACCUUCCUGUUGUUGCUUCUAGUUCCUCCUCCCCAGAAAGAAUCAGUUCAGAAGAAAAUGGGUGUGAGGUUUUGAGAAGAACAGCAAUCGUAUCUGGAGCUUCAUUGGUGUCUUCAGCAAUAUUAGGAUUCCCUAAAGAGGGAUUGGCCGUCGUCAAGCAAGGACUUUUAGCCGGUAGAAUUCCAGGCCUGUCUGAACCUAAUGAACAAGGUUGGAGGACUUACCGCCGACCAGAUGAGAAGUCCGGCGGCCAUGGAGUUGGCUGGAGUCCGAUCAUUCCGUACGCCUUUUCAGUGCCUGAUGGUUGGGAAGAGACACCAGUAUCGAUAGCUGAUCUUGGAGGAACGGAGAUUGAUCUGAGAUUCAGUAGCCCAAGUGACGGACGCCUGUUCGUCGUCGUUGCACCAGUUCUCAGAUUCGCAGAUUAUCUAGAGGACGAUGCCAGGAUAGAGAAGAUCGGAACUCCAGAGAAAGUGAUCAGUGCAUUUGGACCAGAAGUAAUUGGAGAGAACGUCGAAGGUAAAGUGGUGAGCAGUCAAGUUAAAGAAUAUUCAGGAAGAAAGUAUUAUCAGUUCGAGUUAGAACCACCACACUGUUUGAUCACAGCCACUGCUGCUGGAAAUCGUCUCUAUUUGUUCAAUGUUCUUGCAAAUGGUCUACAAUGGAAGAGGCACAACAAGGACCUGAAAAAGAUAGCGGAUUCUUUUAGGGUUGUAUAGAGGGAGGCAACAUACAGAUGAUAGUAGUAUACAUGAUCUUCUUGUAUAAACGUGCCAUUGAAAACAUUAUAUUUCAGUUUUGAAUUUUGAAGCGACCCAUGAUCGACAUGCUUGAAAAAUAUAAUACGAACACUUUGGGGUUA